UGAUCUCAGCGCAGGUAAAGGAAACAGGAGCAAAGAGACAUGAUUUCACUCCGAGCGCGUUGAGAGAACAAGCCUUUUCUUAUUGUGAAGAAGUUCAGUGAGAAUUCAAAAUGCAGCAUUUUGGGUGGAAGGAUGAGAAGGUGUCUUUUUCAGUACCUGUGACACCUACAGAAAGCAGCUCGGAAGCUCCAACAGAGACCCUGCAAACUGUCUCUGUGAAACUGUUACCGGGGUCCACCCCGGGGCAAACCUCAAAAACAAAUAAGACCUCGCCUAACUGCAAUGAGAAAAGUGCAGAAAGGAAGCAGGUCAGUGUGAAGCCGACCUCAAAACUCACUUGGACAAAAUGUAUAGAGGCCAAAGUGAACGAAGCGAAUAUAAAUUUACAAAACUCAUUGAGGAUCAUGUCAAUGAUGGUGGAAAGGAUCCAGACAACACUGUAUGGGCAAGAAAAGGAGACUGCAGCAGGGAAGGAGAUGGCCUUGAAUAGGCUUAAUAUGAAAACAGAUCAAACAAAGCCGGUCAGUAAGAGUCCAACCUCAAACCUCCCAGGGACAAAAUACAUGGAAUUCAGUAAAUGUGUGCCAUAUCCAUGUGUAUUCAGUUCCAAUGAGAUGAUGCCUGAGGGAAGCACAAAGAGUCCGAAUCCAACUGCCUCUGGGGGAACCAUAAACAUCAUGACUUCAAUUUAUACUCUGUUCUCUGACACAGACUUUGACUCAAAACUGCUCCCUGGAGGGUUGCCUAAUUUCGGAAGCAACUGCUACAUUAACGCAAGUCUGCAGUGUCUGUUCACUGCCGAGAGUUUCUGCAGAGAGCUCUCCGACCUGCUGGACAAUUCUACACACACACUGGAGGACUCAUUCCUCAAAUGUUUUGUGGAGUUAUGGAGGUUGAGAAACAGCUCUGAAGUUCAAGGUGACCGCAAGAAGGGUUUGCUCCUCCUGUCCCUGAUGAAAUCAGCUGCACACUACAACCCAGAAUUCACCAUCGACAUCCAGAAUGAUGCCCAUGAAUUCCUCUGCUACUGUCUGACCCAAAUGGAGGAGUCUGGGCGAAAACUGGGUUGGCAAGAAGAUGUGAACCCUAGAUGUCCAGUCACGUCCAAUUUCAAGUUCAAGAUGAGGAACAUUAUAACCUGCUCCAGCUGUGGAUCCCAACAGAACAACAACGUGGAAGUGUUUAAUCAUGUCUCUGUGCCCCUGAAGCACGACUCAGUGGACCAGUGCCUCUCUGACGUAGUUCAUAAGCGGACAUUGUUAGAGAGCAAGUGCGAGGUGUGUGGAGGAGACUCUGCCAGCUCCAGGUGGACGUUCCACAAUCUGCCCAGGUUUCUGAUUCUGCAGUUGAACAGGUUCAGGAUGACGAAACAUUACACAGUGCAAAAGGUGGAGACGCCAGUGGACAUCACACCUGAGCUGCAGAUAAACUGCUUUCCUCAGUCAGACACACCCAGAAUAGAGAACAGCAGAGCUGAGGCCAGAAAGACAGACAGAAAUGAACUGGUGAGAGAGAGACAGAGAGACACAAUGAAAGAUGAAGGUGGAUCAACCUCUAUGUAUCGACUGAUCAGUGUCCUCAACCACAUUGGAAGGACAGCAUGCUUUGGACAUUAUACGAGUGACUGUUCCAGUCACAAUUCUCACCAGUGGAAGAUUUAUGACGACCAUCUGGUCAGGCUGACCAGCGAGAUGGACGUGUUAGAGAGGAGGUCGACCAGCGCCUAUGUGCUCCUCUAUGAGAGAGUGAGCACUGGCUGAAGCCCUUCCUCUUCUCCAGAAAGCUGCGAGAAGAUGGAGUUGUGGUGAGAGGUGUCAGAUUGAUGACCUCAGUGGUUCACAGUGUGCCUAAACGUCAGGGUGUGACCGACAUCCAGAUAAUCGAUGAAGAUAUUCUUCUGACGCACAGCCAUAUGUGGAAACUUUCUAAAUGUAUCUAUGCUUCAACCAAUCAGAAUCAUUCGACUUGACGUAAUGACUAGCUUAGUGAUUGUGUGAAAGUAUAAUUGUUGAUGUAAAGAGUGUGUACGCAGAGCGGCCUACGAACUCCUGGCUGAGUGUGAAGCUGACUUCUGCUUGAUGAAACUGCAAACCAUUUUUCAAUAAAAUGUUCUUCAAUUGAUUGCAUCUCUUGACUCCUGGUCUUCAUUCAUCAUAUCUGGUCCUUGGGUCUUAAACUGUAAAUUCCCCUAC